CAGCCCAUCAGGCUGAUGCCUCCACAGCCUGGCAGGUUACUUGUUCUGUACAGAGCAGGAAGGCUGGAGCCUGCUCCCUGCUGAGAGGAGGCAGAGUGUCCUCCUGUGACAGAAGGACAAAGCCAUGAGUUGAACAGGUACGUGUCAAGAUGGCUCUCUGCCCACGCUCUGGGGCAAACAGGUUUUGAGAGAGUGUCCCUCUCUUUUCCAAGGUGUCACCUCCACUUUCUGAAGGCUUGAUCUCAGCCAGCUCCUUGCAGAGAUCCCCCAUCCAGGAGGACUCAUGCUUGAGCCAUGUCAGGACACAGCCUGUCAGCAAAACCCUGGAGCAAGAGCUGAGCCUGAAGCAGGGAAGAGCCUGAGCUGCUGCUGAGAGCCAUGGCGUGGCCGCCCGCCCGCAGCACCAUGCGUGCGGCCAUCCCCUUCAUCUGGCUGCUCGGCCUGCUCAGCGUCCGGCUUGUGGGGGCUGCCCAGGACUCUGGCACUGUCAUCCCUGCAGAAAGUCGCCCCUGCGUUGACUGCCACGCGUUCGAGUUCAUGCAGAGGGCGUUGCAGGACUUGAAGAAGACAGCCUACAGCCUAGACGCUCGGACAGACACCCUCCUCCUGAGAGCAGAAAAGAGAGCCCUGUGCGAUUGCUUCCCUGCGGUGCACUGAAACCAGCGCUGGGAUCUGGCCAGUGGACACUUCUCCAGUCUCAAAAUGCUGUCCAAUAAAUUACAGGGAGAUACAAAAGUGCCAGU